GAAGACGCUGCUGAGGGCACCUGCUCAGAACAAUGAAACUCAGUUAUGUUUUGGUUUAUCGUCGCUUUCUGCUUGUGAUUUUAAGUGUACUGGUUUUCCUGCCACUCCCUCUUGUCCUACAUAGCAAGGAAGCAGAAUGUGCCUACAUCCUCUUUAUCGUUGCCAUAUUUUGGAUCACAGAAGCAUUGCCUCUGUCAGUAACAGCUUUGCUGCCUGGCUUAAUGUUCCCCCUAUUUGGGAUCAUGCCUUCCACACAGGUGGCAUCAGCUUAUUUCAAAGAUUUUCACCUACUGCUAAUUGGAGUGAUCUGUUUAGCAACAUCAAUAGAAAAAUGGAAUUUGCACAAGAGGAUUGCUCUGCGGAUGGUAAUGAUGGUGGGUGUGAACCCAGUAUGGCUGACUUUGGGGUUCAUGAGUAGCACUGCCUUCUUAUCUAUGUGGCUUAGCAACACCUCUACCGCUGCCAUGGUGAUGCCCAUCGUGGAGGCUGUGGCACAGCAGAUCAUCAAUGCUGAAGCAGAGGCUGAGGCCACUCAGAUGACUUAUCUCAAUGAAUCUGCCAUCCACGGACUGGAAGCUGAUGAAACUGCUAUUGGACCAGAAACAAAUGAGAAGACAGAGAAAAUGAAACCAAUUCCAGGUAAUGAUGCAGUGGAGACUUCCAGCAAGAUGGACACAGAAAAGAACUCAGUCACAGGAACAAAAUAUCGAACAGUGAAGGACCACAUGAUGUGUAAACUUAUGUGUUUAUCUGUUGCUUACUCUUCUACAAUUGGUGGACUGACGACAAUCACUGGAACCUCCACCAACUUGAUCUUCAAUGAACAUUUCAAUUCACGUUACCCUGAUUGUCGUUGCCUCAACUUUGGAUCUUGGUUUUUGUUUUCCUUCCCGUUGGCUAUUAUUCUUCUCUUCUUGUCCUGGAUCUGGCUUCAGUGGCUUUUCCUAGGAUUCAAUUUUAAGGAGAUGUUCAAAUGUGGCAAAACCAAAACAGUUAAAGAAAAAGCAUGUGCUGAUGUGAUUAAGCAAGAAUAUGAAAAAUUGGGGCCAAUGAGGUAUCAAGAAAUUGUGACUUUGGUCAUCUUCAUUACAAUGGCCUUGCUAUGGUUCAGCAGGGAUCCUGGGUUUAUUCCUGGUUGGACUCAACUUUUUUCAGAAUACCCUGGAUUUGUUACAGAUUCAACUGUUGCCUUAAUUACUGGACUCCUUUUCUUUUUAAUCCCAGCUAAAAUAUUGACCAAAACUACAUCGACAGGAGAAAUUGUUGCUUUUGAUUACUCUCCACUGAUUACUUGGAAAGAAUUUCAGUCAUUCAUGCCCUGGGAUAUAGCCAUUCUUGUUGGUGGUGGCUUUGCCCUGGCAGAUGGCUGUCAGGUAUCAGGACUGUCUAUCUGGAUAGGAAAUAAAUUAUCUCCCUUAGGUUCCCUGCCAUUGUGGCUCAUCAUCCUGAUAUCCUCUUUGAUUGUCACAUCUCUGACAGAGGUAGCCAGCAACCCAGCUACCAUCACCAUCCUUCUCCCUAUAUUGUCUCCAUUGGCCGAAGCCAUUCAUGUGAACCCCCUUCGUAUUUUGUUGCCUUCCACCCUCUGUACUUCAUUUGCAUUCCUUUUACCUGUUGCAAAUCCACCCAAUGCUAUUGUAUUUUCAUACGGCCAUCUGAAAGUCAUUGACAUGGUUAAAGCUGGACUUGGUGUAAACAUUUUGGGUGUUGCCGUGGUGAUGCUCGCCAUCUUCACCUGGAUUGAACCCAUGUUUGACCUCUCCACCUAUCCUCACUGGGCUCCUGAAAUUGUUAAUCAGACAAUGCCUUAACACACACAAAAUUUCUAACAAUUUCAUGGUGACUUUUGAAGAUCACUCAGAAUUCACUUUAAGAUGAGGCUGUUUAUAACUUAAAUUAGUCAUGUAGCCACUGAAUUACAGAAAACACCCCAAACCUGUCAUGUCACACGGAGUCCAUAUUUCCUUUGAAAUGCAACCAAAAAUUUUCCACAUGCUUUUGACGAGAAGCCUAGAGUAGGGAUUUUGACCUUGGAUAAUUUAUAAAGACCUUCAAAGAAUUUAGGCCACUUGCUUCGUCAUAUAGUUGCAGUUCAGUGUCACAUUUCCAACAUUAAUUUAUUAGCUCAGAACCUUCCUGUGAAAAUAGAAACAGAAAAUAAAAUGUGCAAGUUAAUGAGGGACUUGGAUAAAUCAUCUGUAUAACCUUCUGUAAGGGAAUUUGCUGAAAAACAAAAAAAUGGUCAACUGGUGGGACAGAAAGCAAGUUUAAUUUAAAGGCAAUAUGUAUUUGCUCACUUAAAAAGGUCAAUUGUAUCAUUAUUAAGAUAUAUACAUAUGUGUAUAGACACAUACACACAUAUAUAGUAUAAAUCUAAUUCAAAGUAGUAUUUAUUCCAAAAUUAUGGAUGAGCCCAUUCAAUAAGAAAAAAAACACAUAAGAAGGAUUAAUUUCUACUUAUCCAUACAAAUAGACUAGUCUUUCAUACUUUUAUAAUCCCUAUACUGAGAAAUAUAUUUUAUAUACCUAUGGAUAAGCUGUCUAUGAUCUUUACUGAUUACACAGUAUAGUUAGAAAAGUUAAGCAUCUAAAUUAUUACCAAACUUAUGUAAUGUACAACUUUGAAUGGUUAUUCUAGAAAAGCAUAAUGUGUGAUAAAAGGAGACAAAAAUUUCAAGGAGUUAUUAUCACUGUCUAUGGAAAUAAAAAAAAAUCCAUAGUUCUGUUAUAUCAAAAUUGAAGUGAAAGCCAGGUGUGGUGGCACACGCCUUUAAUCCCAGCACUCAGGAGGCAGAGGUAGGAGGAUUGCCAUGAGUUCAAGGCCAGCCUGAGACUACAUAGUGAAGUCCAGGUCAGCCUGGACUAGAGUAAUACCCUACCUUGAAAAAAUAAUUGGUGUGAAACGCAAAGAGGGUAUAAACGAAUGAAAAGUUCAAAUUAUACAGACUCACAAAAAAGAAAAGAAAAAAAUUAUCAUCAAAGAUAUAAGAAAAACAAACCAAAACAUCCAUUCAAGAUUGAAAAGAGUAAGGUCUAUUGGCAUUCCAAAAUUAGACUGGCAAAAUUUACAAUCACAAACAAAGUAAGGGCUGGAGAGAUGGCUUAGUAGUUAAGGUGCUUACCCAAAAAGCAUAAGGACUCAGAUUUGAUUUCCCAGGACCCACAUAAGCCAGAUACACAAGAGGGAACACACAUCUGGAUUUCAUUUGCAGCAGCUGUAGGCCCUGGCGUGCCCAUUCUCUCCCUCUCUCUCUCCCUCAUUUAUCUGUCCCUUUCUAUCUCAAAUAAAUAAAUAAAAUAUUUUAAAAUGAUGUGUACCAUCAGGAAAAGAUAAAGAUGUUAUAUCAUGAAAUUUGCAUAGUAAAAAUAUGACGGAUGACAAGAUUAAACAAAAAUACCUUUACAAUUUUUAAUCUUCAUAAGCACCUUCCUAGAUGUUAGAAAUAUGGCUUGGUAUUUUCCUAAUGAGAUUAUCUAAAUUUUUUCCUUAAAUUAACUUCAGACUUCUUAAUCAUUUUUUCAAAGGAAAACUUGUUCAUUUAAAAUUUAAUGUAUAAUACCUCUACAUUGUGAAACUUACCUGUGUUCAUCUUAUGCAUUAAUUGCUUUCUGUACUAUAUGCUACACAAAUACUUAUGAUGUCACACAUUGAUUACAUUUCUAGUCAUUCAGUUUAUCACUGCUGAAUGAUAUUAUAUGAUGGUUACAUUUUCAUUAUGAAAAAUAGUAUAACUUUUCAUAUUAUGAGCAGUUAAGUUUUAGUCUCAAGGAAAUGAUAUCAACAUUUCAGCUUGAAUAAUUUUAAUGUAUUGCUUCCUGCAGCUUCCAGCUAAAUGAGGAAAGUGAUACUUAGUGAAAAUCUGUUUAAUUGAGCCGUCUAGUUCUCUUGCUAUAUCUUUAUGUCUUGUUGAUAUAUCACAACUGACUUACUCCUCAUAUUUAUCCCCUUCACCUCAGAGUUUUCAGGCACUGCACUUCCGAGAGUUACACAAUGCGCCUUUGAAAGUUUCUAAAAGACAAUCUUACACAGAUGAUGAAACAAAUCUUUGUCCUCCCACUCCAUGGUAGACAGUGAUUCUGCUAUUAUCCUGAACAUUGCUUAAAGGUUAACUAGAAAUCCUUGUCACUUUAAAUUCCAGUAUCUUACUUAGGAGCAGAACUUGUCUGGAUAAUUGUGCCAAUUUCUCUAACUGCUUGUUCACUGUUAACUGGCAAAUAUGUGUCCUUCACUCACUGUCUCAAGAAUUCAGACUUCCUUUCUCUCUGAUACAUGUUCUUGGUAUCAUCUCUCAACUUAAUAACUGCACCCAUGUUCUUUGCUUUUCAACCUGGGAGAUGGGAAAGUUACACUUGAAAGCCAAAGCUACUAAUUAACAAGACUGAGACAAUUCACAAAACUUAUCAUGCCUCCCUGACUGCAUCCCAACAUGAUUCGUGUAUGUAUUUCUCUAUUUUUACCACAGAAAAAUAUUUUAUUAUAACCUUUGUGAUGAUUUUUUUCUGAAAAUGUACUGUUUCUUUGAGAACUAUUACCUUUACUUGAAUAUGCAGGUUUUAUGAAAUUAAAUGUUCCCACUCCCUUA